UGCGCGCCUGAGCCUGGGCGCCCCCUCCCCACUCUCCGGAGUCCGGACGGAGGAAGGCCCGGACUGGCCAGCGGCGGAGGAAGAGGAGGGAGGCCCGGAGCGGAGCAGAGCAGAGCGGAGGGCGAGGGAGGGAAGGCCGGCCGAGGCCUGGCCGGACCCUUCUCGGGAGCCCCGCCAGGAGGACCAGGACCAGGAGGAGCUGCCUGUGGAUGGUUCCCGGGGGAGGCCUUGGCUCAUAGCUAGCACCCCCUCCUUCCCUCCCUCCCUUCUUCCUUCCCUCCCUUCUUCCUUCCUUCCUUCCCUCCCUCCUUCCCUUCCACCCCUCUUCUCCCCUCCCUCCUUCUCUCUCUCUCUGCCCCUCUCCCCCACACAGAUGUUGUGGACCUCCACUCACUAAUGACAGCGUGGAUCAUCCUCCCCAUUAGCCUCUCUGCUUUCUCAAUCACUGGGAUAUGGAUUGUGUAUGCCAUGGCGGUGAUGAACCACCACGUCUGCCCCGUUGAGAACUGGUCCUACAAUGAGUCCUGUUCUGCUGAAUCUGCCAAGCAUGGCUACCCCAAAAGCUGCUGCACCCUGGAAGACGUCCCUUUGAUCAGCAAGUGUGGAACUUAUCCUCCUGAAAGCUGCCUCUUCAGCCUUAUUGGGAACAUUGGAGCUUUCAUGGUGGUGAUGAUCUGUUUCCUGCGCUACGGACAGCUGAUCGAGCAGAGCCACAGUUCCUGGGUGAACACAACGGCACUGAUCACCGGCUGUACCAACGCUGCUGGCCUGGUUAUGGUGGGCAAUUUCCAGGUGGACUAUGCCAAAUCUCUUCACUACAUUGGCGCCGGGGUUGCCUUCCCGGCCGGCCUGCUUUUUGUCUGCCUCCAGUGCGUCCUCUCCUACCACAUUGCCGCCUCUGCCCUGGACUUCUGGAUGGCACACCUACGUGUCUUCCUCACCACCGUGGCCUUAAUUUCCCUCGUCCUCAGUGGCAUCUUCUUCAUUCACGAGAGCUUCCUCCUCCAGCACCUGGCAGCCAUCUGCGAGUGGGUCUUCGUCAUAGACAUCCUGGUCUUCUAUGGCACGUUCACCUAUGAGUUUGGGGCCGUCUCCACGGACACCAUGGUGGCCGCCCUGCAGCACUCCAACGGCCGGGGCUGCAAGUCCCCCGGCAGCAGCAGCACCUCCACCCACCUCAACUGCAACCCUGAGAGCAUCGCCAUGAUUUGAGGGGCGCGCCGGCCAACUGUCCCCCUCGCCUCCCUUUGCAGCUUCCAGCAGGCUGCCUUUUUUGUGUUCCCCCAAUGGGGGAAGAGGAGCACCUUUCUCCCCUCCAGUAAUUUUAAUCAUGUACCAAAUGGGGUGUUCUGCUGCCAACGCUUAAUUCUUAUCUUCCUGCCAACAAAUUCCCACUUAAGUGGGAGACAGCGGCCAUAAUCAGGUUUGGGCUCCUCACAUGUAAGCUCCCCUUCUGAAGUGGUUGGAUGUUUCUAUCCAGUGCACAAUGUCAUAUUUGGCUCCAAAUCAUGGAAACGGAGCAGUGUAUGUGUGUGUGGUGCCAUUGUGCACUUGGCUGCACAUGUGUUGCACAGUUUUGCCAUCCAAGGUAUAGGUUGUGGAGCACAAAGCUGCACAUUCACCCCAAUGUAGGAUUUCUGUUGUUGCCUCUGAUUCCCCCAAAGCCAGGCGGGAAGCUAUUCCAGGAUGGAGCAGAAACGCUCCACCUGUGUCAUGGCAGCUGCCCAGCCUGUCUGUGCAAUAGACCAGGCCCUCCAGCCACCUUUCCAUGGGCCAGUGUGCCAGUGACAAAGGGAGACUCUGUCAGUUCCCACAGUACCCAUCGCAGCUGCCCUUGGAACAGGAUUGCCUCUCACUGCCAGCAACGCUUUCCUCUCAGCCAACCUUCAGGAGUGGCAGCAGCAAAUAGGGACAAAGGAACAGCAGGUGGGUUAAGUUUUAAAAUUGUAAAACAAUUUGGUCCCAUGUUUAACAGGAUGCUUCAGAAUGGAGAGAUGCCUCAAAAUGGAACCCCCCCCCCUGGACAAUUAUUUCCCUCCUGCCCAUCUCUGCCCCACACAGGCACACACCGCCACCUUAAUAUGCCCCCCUCCCUGCCCCCACAGGGAACCAGGUUGGGUGCCAGGGAGGAGAGCGCCUCUUGCCCUUGGCCCGCAAAUAUCCAAGCUGGUUUGUUUGGGUGAGAUGUUUUGGUAUUUUUUAGAACUUUUUUUAUAUAUCUCUCUCUAUAUAAAAUGUGUAUAAAAAGAGUUGUAUCGGA